AUGUCAGCACCCAAGCCUCCUGUUGCAAUCAAAAACCAUUGCUCCGUUAUUCAUGACGGUGUCAUUUACGUCUACUCGCCAGACGCGUUUCAGACCUUGGAGCUGAAAGAGGGCGCAAGGUGGAAAGAAGAGGCAAAUGGCGUCUCAGUAACUGGGGCGGUAUGCGUGAAAGGUGGCGUGGAUGGCGACAACUCCAAGACGGCCUUGUACGUGGUGGGUGGUGCAACGAAUGCGUCGACAACGGACUAUACAGGGUUGCAGCGGUAUUCUUUCGGGGACAAGUCCUGGCAAACCGUUGUUCCUGUGGUCAACGUCACCCAAAAUCGUCUGAAUCAUGGAGCGGCGUAUAUCAACUCUUCGUCGACUUUGGUCGUCUAUGGGGGAUCUCAGAAUGACAAUGCUGGACCAUCCUCAGAGACCUUCACGAUUGGUCUUUUUCCUCCCUACUCAGUGCUGGCAUACAGCUCGACUGCGCCACCGACAGUCAGCCCUUUCAUGCUACCAUGGAGCCAGGACCAUACUCUGAUGGUAGGCGGCAGCUCGACCAAUGUCAACCUGUUCACGUUUGGUUCUUUAGAUGGCUGGCAGGACAUUGGUCUUACACUGCCGGCUCCUCUACCGGACCAUUCAAUAGCACAGAGCGCUUUAUUUACCCUGGCCGACAACAGCAUGGUUCUACAAACAUUUGACCUUGGUCAGGUUCCACCCACGGUGACGACAAAUGUUCUGUUGAACCCAGGAGGUGCCCCUGCCGCGUUUGGUGAGACCGUGGGAGGUACCGUGAAUACAGAAACACCCUCGCCUUCGUCGACAACUCCCUCCAAGGCAAAGAGGCAAGUAUCGCUUGAUGCCUACCCGAGCUAUAAUGGCACGCUGGCGCCCACGGCGUCUCGGACAGGAUUCGAUCUAGCACAGGGGGACGACGGACUGGUGGCGCUAGUCGGUGGUAAUGACGACAAUCCAGUGGUAUUCUUUAAUCAAUCUGGAAAUGGCUGGAUUGCCGCGACCCAGUUAUUUGGAAAGCAGCAAGAGCCGCUAGCAACGUCGAGUGGAGUACCCUCGCAGUCACCGACUUCAAGCACGCCAAGUCUCACCUCUGCUUCCACGGCAUCGACCAGUGCAGCCGCAGCGGCCUCUUCUGGUAACAAGAACCAAGGCUUGACCGUUCUUGGAGCGGUCCUAGGUGGUCUCUGUGGUCUGUUAGCAAUCCUUGUCAUCCUCCUCCUUUGGCUGAGAUCAGUUCGAAGGAGCCGGAAGGCAGAAUCUGCUAAAGGACACGAGUACCCAGAAGACAAGAAAGGAAGUGGAGAGUACAACUAUGAAGAAAGAGGGCUUCAACCGCUAGCAGGGUAUGGACAACCCAUGGGAAGAAGCCCGAUUCCUUCAGCAGUUGUCCCCGAUGGAGAUAGUACAUCGAUGUUUGGGGACAUGAAGCCCGAACCAGCACUGCUUAACAGACGACUUUCUUCAGAUGAUGCUCCAAGCGGGUACCGUGGGUCAGGAAUAGGGUUUGGGCAGGCAUUGUUCAAGCGCGAGAGAGAGAGAGACAAGGAGAAGGAGAAGAUCAGCCUCUCCAUAUCCAAACCCAUGAUGCCGAUCUUAAACGAUUACCAAGGCAGACCAAGCAUUGAACUUGGGAAAGCCACCCCCCCCGGCGCACCAGUAGCAUCUGUGGCUCCCGAGAGAAAGGCAUCUCAACGCAAGACUGACGAGGGAUGGGGUAAAUACUUCCAGGGCGAACCGCUUUCUGGAAACCGAACAACGUUCCUCUCCCGGAGUUCUGGUGCCAGGAGUGGGUUCUGGCCUGGAUCUGGUGUCCUGGAAAACUCAAGCAGGUCUCCCAAGUUCGUCCUUCGUGACAGUGUGGGCAAUCCUCUGGAAGCGCAGAAUGUUGCAGCCGGGAGUCCGAAUCUUGAACAUGGACCCUCCAACCCUGAGUCGAGGGGGUUGCAGUCUGUCCAGGGUAUGUCAGGACAAAUUUCCAAUGCUAGCUCUGUGCGAACGGCACGUUCCACUGAUGACGACGAUGACGACGACGACGAAUAUGAAGAUGAGCAGAUCUUCGAGGGUGCAUUCUCGAGUGGAAUCCCUGACAGCGUGCAUGACUCGCCCUGGACACCAGUGGGAAAUACAUGGUCGGGGCCGCCGCAACGGCCACUGCGACCUCCAAGCAGUUAUCUUGCUGCUCAGCAGGCACAGACACAGGUGCCACGUUCUCCUCCCACUGUAAGCUCAGAUGAGCCCAGCGAUAGCACUGGGACAUUGGGCUCAUCAAUCCCCUCUUUCCCGAUGCCUAAUUCGAUUCGGUCUGGUCAGCCAGGUUGGAAGGAAGCGACUAUCAACAAAGGAAGUACAACGACUUAUCAACAGUCCAGCAGACCCAGUUAUGAACAGCCAACCCAGACAGCAACACACGACUAUUUCAGCUAUGCUCCAGCUCAUAAACGGAGCAACAGUCGGCAACUGCCAGAUAACCACGCCAACGUCAACACGGAUAUGUCCUGGCUAAACCUUGGCACGCCGGGCCGGUGA